GAACGGAAAGUUCCCGAAUGUAGAGCCAGAAGACGUGACAUUUGCGGACAAAUCGAUCGACUACCCGUCCUGUGCACUACCGGGCAAUGUGUUGGACUUUAUAAACCGCAAUAUCCGUCAGUGCCCUCAACCCAUACUACAGCUGAUUCAGGAACAGCUGCUUCAGAAUCUGGUCAAAAUGGUUGGCCCGACAAUGGGUUUCCGUAUUAUGCUUCAGUGCAUAAGCACUCAAUACCCGGCGUUCACCGUAAAUAACAUCCAAAAGUUUGUUCAGCACAGGAUCUCUUACA